AACUCAGAUACACUUAUUAACUAUUUUUUUAGAUUAAUAUGAGCUAUUUGAAUAAUACCGUAAUGUGCUUAUGGCCAUAUUACUAUACUUUGCACCAAUGUGAAUCUGUUAUGAUUUAUUUGCAAGUAUUCGCAGGGUUAUCCUUGUUCGGGUGCAUGUUUGUAAUACUUAUAAUAUGUCUGUUUCGUGAUUAUCAGUUCUUCGUUUUCCGACUUUUAUUUUUUCUAAGUAUAAGUUCUGCACUUCAAUCAAUCAGUUAUCUAAUUAGUGACAUAAACAACUAUAUAAUCUGUAUGUUUCAAGCGAUAGCAAUGCAAUACUUUUCAUGGUCAACCUUAUUGUGGGUAAUUUCUAUAACUAUUCAUGUGUUGUGCUCUACAAAAAAACAAACAAUUGAAAAUAAAGAAAAAUAUUUGCAUUUAAUUUCAUGGUUGCUUCCAUUAUUUUGGGUUGCUUUGCCUUUUAUAAAAAACAGCUACGGUAAAGCGGGUGCAUGGUGUUGGAUAAGACAUGAUGCUGCUGCAAUGCGCUUUGGAGCUUGGUAUGUUCCAAAAUUUGUUGUGGUUUUUUUCCUCGUAACGUCAUAUUUCUAUAUUCUUUUAAAAGCAGUGCAAGAAAAAAAACAAUGGGCAGGUGUACAUAACAAUGCAGUACAAGCUGAUAAUAGAAACACUUUCAUGUUGAAAGAAAUAAAACAGUUGGCUGUGUACCCGCUAAUUUAUUUAAUUGUAUCUCUACCGGCAUUAAUUUUUCGCAUUAUGAACGCAAUUCAUCCUAACGAUGCUCCAGAUUAUACGAUACUUAUUUUGGGUGUCAUAUCUUCUUCAGCUAAUGGUGCUGUAAACGCGGUGGCUUUUGCAUUAUAUGGAGGUUUCCAAAAACGGUUGACAUUUUCGCAGUUAAAGUUGGCUGCUUUGUCUUGGCUGAAACCAAAAACCCCUAAUGUAAUUCAUAAUUAUGUGUUAAACGACUUUGUUUAUACCAUUUCAUGAAGUUAUAAUAACUUGCAGUAUUUUUUUGCUGUCAAUAUUCAAGUGAAAAUAAUUACUGGAUAAAAAAAGUUGAAUGGGAAAAAGAAAAUUUGCAUUUUUUUACAGUCAGUUAUUUUGAUUGAAAGAUAAAUAAGAUAAAACAAUAGAUGAAUAAAAAUAAAAUAUUAGUAUAGAAUAUUUAUUUUUUAUACAUUUGAAAUGUAUGUACUUCCAAUGGGUGCCUUAAAUUAGUAUUUCAAAAUUCUACGAAUUGAUAUUAAUUUUAAACUUUCUGAGUUUUGUAAAAAAAUUAUUAUUAACUGUUAAAUUAUUGUAUUAUUUUGAAUACAUAUAAUUUGUACUUACGUUAGCUUUUUAUAUUGAUGUCUGCUCGUAAGGUUAAAAAUUUAAUGAAUAAUAAUAAAAAAAACUUACAAUGUCCGUUGUAAUUUUUAUAACAUGUUUUUUUCAAACGUGAUCUUUAUAAUACGCAACAUUAUUAAAGCUACUGAAACAUACUAAGACUAGUCCUCGGGAUAUAUAUGUCUUAUGUCUAGUUGUAAUUGUUUAUGAAAAAACUAUUUUAAAAUUAAA